AUGGGUCAACUAAAGCCUAAAUUGAGGGAACUUUUAGCGUGCCACCGGCAGCGACAUGAACAGAGCUCUGAUUCUGUGGACGAAGAGGUGUCACUGGAUAAAAUACUAAAUCUGUUCCACGAGUUUCUCCAGAAAGUGCAUUGUGAUGAAAAUCUAGAAUUUUUGUUAAAGACGGAUAGUUUUGUGACAUCGGACAAAGAAGCAAGCAACGGUUACCAGGAGUGGAGUCACGUGUACGAUAACUACAUCAAGCAGGAUGCGCCCAAGGAGUGCAACUUGCCUGAGACGAUAAGGACUGUUUUUGACGACUGCCAUACGAGGCUGGAGGUCCCUUUGCCCCAGGAUAUCGAGACGGCGAGAUCACACAUUCUCCACUUGUUGGAGGAUGCUUAUACGAAAUUUCAGCGGCAUUAUGCCGAGCCCGAGAACCAGCAGAGUGGGAGCGGUGGUGCUAAAGCCGAACCGUAUUCAUCCCAGAGCAGCUCACGUGAGUCCUCCGCAUCAGUCUUAUUAUCUGCACGGCCACUGCAUAGAAGCAGCUCGGACUAUGGCUGUCAUACAUUGAAGGCCAGUGACAGCCAGGUGAUUGACACCAGCGAUGAGAUCGACGAGCCGCAAGACUUGCCGGCGAUCAGGCGGCUCAGCAGUUCGCGACAGUCGCUUCAGCCGCUCCAACAGAUCCAGCCUCCGGGUUCCAACCCCAGCGUUCCCCAUCGCAUUGCUAUUUUAGCCUCUCCCACCUCAUCCCGUAACUCUACGGUCAGCGAAAUAUUUUCAACAUCCCCCACAGCACUGCAUAGAAAUAAAUCCACCAAGAAGCAGCUUCUUAGCAAAUUCAAGUUUACUAGGAGGUACAGCGGUGGCAGCACAAGCAGCGGAAGCGCCUCACCUAGUUAA